UAUACCAUUAUGGCAGCCAAUCCGUAUAGUCGUUAUUUGGCAGCCCUUUUAAAUCCCAACAGAGAGCUUUUAUGUUUAGAGAGUACCUAUCUGUCUGUGUGUGUGGGGUGUGUUUGUGAUUUCUUUUAGGUUUUCUCUGGUUUAAACAUGUCUGGUGUUGUUUUGGGUCUCUGUGUGGUGUUGAUGAUUAGUGUCUCAUGUUCAGGACAAGCGCUUGAAUGCUAUCAUUGUGACCUUGGAUUCUGGGACAUGUGCCACACUACCAAAAUGAACUGCAGUGCUGGGGAGCAGUGUUUUGUUGGCAUUGGUGUGGCAGCUUCUGUCCUGAAAAUCAAGAUGAUGGGUUGCCUUGCUAAAGAUGACUGCAACAAGACUACCGUCGUGACUUUCCCUGCAAAUAAGACCCUCUACAAAAUGACAAAGAAUUGCUGUGAUAAAAACUACUGUAAUGGAGGCACUGAAGUCCUAAUGGGAUCAUUUACACUGAUGGCAUUAGUUAUUGCUCAGAUAAUGGGUCUAACUUUAUAAUUCCUUCUCUGUAUGAAGUUGUGUAUGAUUUGUCAGAUUUGCAGGAUGGUUUUGCUUAGUGGGAGGUUUAAGAAACACCGAUGAGCACUUUGGGGAAUUUAUGAAUGCUUAUUGAAAUUUGACAAUGAAGUUUAUAAUGGACUGUAAAGCUGUUUUAGAAAGUCUGAUUUUUGUAGAUCUGUAUUUGACUGUAAAAUAAAAUGUAUAAAUGUU